GGAAACAAGAAAAGCAGAAAGAAAACAUAAGAAACAGAGGAAAAUCAGAAAAGCCUGAGAAGAAAGUAAUAAUAAUAUGUCUGGAAUAAGAGCAGAUUUGAAGGGCAUGCCUGUUCUUUGUCUCCUCCACCUCUUCUUCUUCUUCUCCUUCUACCUGUCUUUUCAUUUUCAUUUUGUUCUUUCUGUUCGCCAUUUGGUCUUCCACAAUCGGACCCACCAAAUUCUUUGCUUAAGGAAUCUUGAAAAUUUCGUAUAAGAAUCGUUUUGGAGGAAGAAGAAAAAGAAACAGAGCAAAAGACAGAGAGAUAUAACAAUGGAGAUGAAGAGAGACAUUAGAGUUGAGAAGAAGGAGGAAGAAGACAACAUGUGUACUUCGUUGUUGACAGCAGUUGUUGUUCUCUCCAUGGCUUGUCUUAAACAUUUCUCUUCUGUAUCGUAUUUGAUCGAGCAAUGGCGUUCUUUGGUCUUUCUUCUACUCAACGUUGUCCUCUUAGCGGUUUACUUCACCUCAACUCGUCCUAGCUCCGUUGAGACUCAUGACUUGAUCAAGACUCGUCGAGGAGGUUGUAGAUUGAGAAUGAUGCGAGGGAAGAAGGAUAAGCUUAAGAAGAAAAAGACAAGGAUUGUGGAGGAACCAGCUUGUUCUGACCAAGAUUUCUUAGUUGUUGAGCCAAGAGAAGUGAUAAAGAAGUGUGUUUUAGUGGAGGAGACGAAAAGGGAUUUUCCUGAAAUGAAGGAAACUGUGACAGAUUGCUUGUUUCACAAGAAAAAAGUAGACCUUAAUGGAGAGGAAGAUGAAUUCGAGCCAGGGAGGUUAUCCAAUGAGGAAUUGAACGAGAGAGUAGAGGCGUUCAUCACGACGUUUCGACAACAUUUGGUGCUUGAUGCGCGAAAAGGCAGAGUCAGUGAUCCUGAGCAGAAGAUGAGAUCAAAUGACUCUGACAUUAGGUUUUUAGGUCGGGAAGUCACUUGUUCGGUUUAAAAGUUUCUCUACAAUUUUUUUUUUCUUUUUAACAUUCGUUCGGGUUUGUUCGCUAUUUGGCUUUACUUUUUUUGUGGGAUUUGAGCUAAAUAGCGCAAAGGAUCUUUUUUUUUUUUUUUUUCGGAAUGUAAUGUCAUAAGACACAAAGACUAUUCAAAACC